UUUAAAACAUAUUCGUCAGUAUCGUUUGGUUAACAUGGGAAAACUAGGAAUAUUUGUGUUAUUAGUAUCAGUUUUCGUUGGUUAUAAAAUAAAGACAGUUCUUGAUCCUCCUCGUUUACCAGAAAAAUUGAAAGAAACUUGGUGGGGACCAGGAAAUCCAGAUUCCGUGAAAACUAUAAUCAAACCGUUUACUAUUAACGUGUCUGAUGAGGUUUUGAAAGAUUUGCAGUACAGAUUAGAUCAUCAUCGACCAUUUACACCCCCACUAGAAGGCAUCCAACAACAAUAUGGGAUGAACACCAAUCUUUUAAAAGAAAUUGUGGAUUAUUGGAGAAUGAAAUAUGAUUGGAGAAAACAAGAGAAGUAUUUGAAUAAAUUUCCACAGUAUACAAUUAAUAUUCAAGGAUUGGAUAUUCAUUUCAUUCAUAUCAAACCGAUUGUACCGCAAAAUAUUAAAAAAGUACCAUUGUUGAUUUUACAUGGUUGGCCUGGUUCUGUGAGGGAGUUCUAUGACAUUUUACCGAUAUUGACAACACCGCAAGAAGGAAGAGAUUUUGUCUUUGAAGUAAUUGUACCUCAUAUUCCAGGAUAUGGUUUUUCAAAACCUGCCAUCAGACCAGGCCUGAGUCCUGAUAACAUCGCACUUGUUUUCAAAAAUAUGAUGCACUCAUUAGGAUACCAGAAAUUUUACAUUCAAGGAGGGGAUUUUGGAGCGAUCAUCCUCAGAAAUUUAGCAGUUCUCUAUCCCGAAGUAGUACUAGGAUUUCACAGUAAUAUGUGUACUGUUUUGACACUAAAGAAAUACGUUAAAUCAUUAUUAGCUAGUAUCUUUCCGUCUUUUCCUAGUUGGUAUGUUCGACCAGAACAUUAUGAUCGAGUGUUUCCUGUGAAAGAACGUUUUUUUGAUACAAUUCGAGAAUCAGGAUAUCUUCAUGAACAGUCUACGAAGCCAGAUACAUUAGGAGCUGCUAUGAACGAAUCUCCGAUAGGAUUAGCUGCAUAUAUACUGGAAAAGUUCACUACAGGUACAAAUAAGACAUGGCAAAACCGAGAGGACGGUGGACUCUUAGAAUAUUUCACAUAUGACGAUUUGCUUGAUAACAUCAUGAUUUAUUGGAUAACCAAUUCUGCUACGACUUCGUUUAGAUUGUACGCGGAAACUUUCAACCGCGCUGUUACAGAAAAAGGAAUUUUGGGACAACCAAUACAUGUACCCACAGCAUGUUCCAGAUAUUCGAACGACUUUUAUACACCUGACGGUAUGCUGAAAGAUAUUUUCUUGAACCUUGUACAUUUGACAGAUUUUGACGGAGGACAUUUCGCUGCAUUCCAGUUACCAAAAAUUUUUGCCAAAGAUGUUUAUGAUGCUGUUGAGAAAUUCGAAGUAAUAAACAAUAAGUAAACAAUC